AUGGAGAAAGGGAGGUGGAGUUCUGAAGAUGCUCCCAGAGCCUCCAUGCCUGACGAACUGUCACAUCCUAAGUUUUCGGAAUGGAAGUUUAAGCUCUUUCGGGUUAGGUCCAUGGAGAAGGCCCCUCUGCCUAAUGAAACACCGGUGGAGAAGGAAAACCAGCCUGAGGUAGCAAUGGAGGUGGCAGGCUCUCCAGGCAGUGUUAUGAAGCUCUGUUUUGGAGGGAAGAGUAAGGAAAACAUGGAGAGUGCUCGAGGGAGAGUGGACCUUAAGCUGCAGGAAAUUGAUACACAUAUGAAUCUUCUCAAAUGCCUGUGUCGCCUUUGUGGCCUUUCAAUACGGAAGGCUAAAGGUCCGUCACAUGAAGUCCAGGGAGACUUGGAAGAGUCCAGUCAGUGUGCCUUGCGUAGGAUGGGCUGCAAGUUUCUGACCUGGCCGGAAGUGAUCUUGAAGGUCUUCAAGGUGGAUGUGACAACCGACAUGGAGACGGUGCAUCCAUCUUUGUUUUGUCGAAGAUGCUGGACUGCUGCCAUGAGGGGAGGAGGUUUCUGUUCUUUCACUAGGACCCAGAUCCCAGACUGGAAGCCCCACACCUCCAACUGCGACCUCUGCUUUCCUAAGAAGAGCUCUUUUCAGCGAAUAGGAAGGAAGCGGGCUAAACCACUUAAAAGUGCACACAGCCUUCCAAAGAGAAUCAAAAGGGACUCCUCAGAAUUCUCAGGGGCCAAUAGAGUGUGGAGAAAGACCAUAGAGAAUACUGCGGGAUCAGGUGGGAAAGAAUGGUUAAAACUCAAUGAAGCAUGCAACGACUGGGUCCGAAUGGACUCCUUUAGGGAACACUGCCUCAACCACUACCAUGAAAAAGAGUCUCAGGAAGAGCAAACAUCUUCAGAGCAGAAUAUUGAUGGUUACUUGCCGGUCAACAAAGGUGGGCGUCCUCGACAGCACCUGUUGUCACUGACCCGUCGGGCUCAAAAACACAGGCUGAGAGAUUUGAAGAACCAGGUGAAGGUGUUUGCUGAAAAGGAAGAAGGAGGGGAUGUGAAGUCAGUCUGUUUGACGCUCUUCCUUCUGGCGUUGAGAGCUGAGAAUGAACACAAACAAGCAGAUGAACUGGAAGCUAUGAUGCAAGGCAGGGGAUUUGGGCUGCAUCCUGCAGUGUGUUUGGCUAUAAGGGUAAACACCUUCCUCAGCUGCAGUCAGUACCACAAGAUGUACCGCACUGUAAAGGCCACUAGUGGUCGCCAGAUAUUCCAGCCCCUGCACACUCUACGUAAUGCCGAGAAAGAGCUUCUUCCUGGGUUCCACCAGUUUGAGUGGCAGCCAGCUUUAAAAAAUGUUUCCAGCUCCUGGGAUGUGGGCAUCAUUGAUGGCCUCUCUGGUUGGACAACCUCUGUUGACGAUGUCCCUGCGGACACUAUCUCCAGAAGAUUCCGUUACGAUGUGGCACUCGUUUCUGCAUUAAAAGAUUUGGAGGAGGACAUAAUUGAAGGACUGAGAGAGAGGGAGCUGGAUGACAGCAUAUGCACCUCCGGUUUUACCGUUGUGGUGAAAGAAUCAUGUGAUGGUAUGGGAGAUGUCAACGAGAAGCAUGGAUCUGGUCCAGCGGUUCCUGAGAAGGUAGUGAGGUUUUCCUUCACAAUCAUGUCCAUCUCCAUCCGAGUUGAGGGUGAAGAUGAUGGCAUCACCAUCUUUCAGGAACAAAAGCCAAACUCUGAGCUCUCCUGCAGACCUUUGUGCCUCAUGUUUGUGGAUGAGUCCGACCAUGAGACCCUGACGGCCAUCUUGGGACCUGUGGUAGCAGAGCGGAAAGCCAUGACGGAAAGUCGGCUUAUUUUAUCGGUUGGUGGUCUGCUACGAUCCUUUAGGUUCUUCUUCCGGGGCACAGGCUAUGAUGAGAAGAUGGUUCGUGAAAUGGAAGGCCUAGAAGCAUCAGGCUCCACUUAUAUAUGCACACUCUGUGACUCAACCCGAGCUGAAGCGUCUCAGAACAUGGUGCUACAUUCCAUCACACGUAACCACGAUGAAAAUCUUGAGCGCUACGAGAUCUGGAGGACAAAUCCUUUCUCAGAGUCUGCUGAUGAGCUUCGUGACCGGGUCAAAGGUGUUUCUGCCAAGCCUUUCAUGGAGACCCAGCCUACUCUAGAUGCCCUGCACUGUGACAUUGGCAAUGCUACUGAAUUCUACAAGAUCUUUCAGGAUGAGAUUGGCGAAGUCUACCAGAAGAGCAAUCCGAGCCGAGAGGAACGCCGUCGUUGGCGGUCAACCCUGGACAAACAGCUUAGAAAGAAGCUGAAACUCAAGCCUGUGAUGAGGAUGAAUGGAAACUAUGCUCGUCGGCAAAUGACACGUGAAGCUGUGGAGGUGGUCUGUGAGCUGGUUCCUUCUGAGGAACGGCGUGAGGCACUACGAAAACUGAUGGACCUCUACGUCCAGAUGAAGCCUGUGUGGCGUUCCACCUGUCCCUCCCGAGACUGCCCUGAUCAACUCUGUCAAUACAGCUACAACUCUCAGCAAUUUGCUGAUCUGCUUUCCACCACAUUUAAGUACCGCUAUGAUGGAAAAAUCACCAACUACCUCCACAAGACUCUGGCCCAUGUUCCUGAGAUUGUCGAGAGAGACGGGUCUAUUGGAGCAUGGGCCAGUGAAGGCAAUGAGUCUGGGAACAAGCUGUUCAGACGUUUUCGGAAGAUGAAUGCAAGGCAGUCCAAAAUGUUUGAACUUGAAGAUAUACUUAAACACCACUGGCUGUACACCUCCAAGUAUCUUCAGAAGUUUAUGGAGGCUCACAAGAAUUCAGCAAAAGCAAUGCAGGCCACAUUCAACCCAGAAGAGAUCCCAGAUGAAGUUGACAUGCCUCUUGAAGUCCCAGAUUUUUGA